GGCAAAGCGAACUGAAGAUAAAAAGAAUCAGAAAGUCGGAUAAUGGAACACAAGCAAACGCCCUCACAAAAUGGAAUGCCUUCCGUCAACGACGCACCAGAGAACAUCGGCACCUCGAAGAGGAUAACCAGAACAAGGAAAUCCGCCCGCGAUUCCAGUUUUUCCGCUACUGAGGCUUUGAAUACGCAAACCUCGGAGCGACGUAGUACCCGCUCAGCUCGAGGGACUUUACCGAUCGAUGAUGAUGGCGCUCAUUACUAUCCAUGCCCGGUUCCCUCUUGUGACUACAGCAGUGAAAGCCGUUCUGCUAGGAACUAUCACCUGAGAGUUGAUCAUGCCGGCUACGAUUACCAAAACGCUGCCCAGGGGUCAUCCGGACAAAGCACAUCUCGGCAUGUCGCUCGUAAGCCCACGCGUGAAGACGCGAAUAGGAAAGAAGCUGCUCCUCGCAAAAUACCCACCACGAGCUCACAAACAGUCAAAAUUGAAUCAGAGCUUGACGAUCUUCACCCUUUCGAAGCCAGUGUUUCUCGUAUUGACGACUACCACCACGUCGACUCCAGUGAUGCUUACUCGGAAAUUGAAGAAUUCGAGGAGGGCGGACGCUAUGAGCUCUCUCAUUACAGUGGAGUUGAUGUCUACUCGGAAGAGAAGUUUGAUAGUGAGUUUGUCCCUACACCGCAUGCAAAUCGCAGAAGGGGUCGACCGAAGAAUCCUCCCGGCACUGAACCUGCACCAAAUUCGAAGAUCCGUGUUAGCGACCCAAAUGGAAAGUACAAAUGUUAUAUGCCGGAUUGUGAUUGGAGGGGCGCAUACAGAUCACUUCGCUGCGAUCACAUGAAAUGGUGCCACAAGGAUUGGGUGAUGCCUCCGCGAUAUAUCCUACAACGAAUCACUAAAGAUGGGAUAUACAUUGAUCCCAAGACUUUUGUGCCUCCAUUCUCAUGUCCCGUGGAAGGUUGCACUUGGCGAGGGAGUUAUCGGGCUUCCCGUUCACAGCAUGUUAGAAGCGUCCAUCCUGAUUACGUGCCACCCAAGAAAAAGGCUCCUAUUGGAGGUUUUGUUGCUGAUGGUAAGUAUUUGUGUCACGUCACCGGCUGUCCUUGGCGUGGUAUCUCUCGAUCCACUCGAGCAAGCCAUAUGCGAAAAGUGCAUGGAGGCUUUACCAAUCCUACGUAUUCAGCUAGACAGGUUGCCUGUUGUGACUGCCCACUCACCUUCGUUUCUCACAAAGCCUUCGUAGACCAUGUUAUCACGGCUCAUCGAGUAGGAGGAUUGGUCCAUCGUGAUUUCAGUGAUAUUGCAGAGUACGAAGAAUGGUUCAACUCAGUCCAGGAGGUCUUCUCUAUAACUUAUGUCAAACGCAUGGGAAUAAAACAGGGCAAUGAUUAUCAAGUGUUAUAUCUGUACUGUGCGCGAAGCGGCGGCUUACGACCAAAGCAAGUGCCGGGACGAGAUUACUAUCCUGAGUUCACAAAACGUCGACUUACACGACGGCCAACGAAAUGUGGACGUAAUUGUGCAGCUUUUUUACGAAUUAUUCACUGGGUAGAUGGUCGUCUCACUGUGAUCGGAUGUGUUGAGCAUACUGGUCAUCGCAUGGGCACUGCUUUGCUCAGACUUAGCAGCAACGAGCGCAUUGUGCUAGAUGAAUACCUUUACGUGGUGGACGAUAAAGUGCCUCUUGAUGCCAUGCUAGACCGCAUUCGAGAAAUAGAAGGAUUCACUAUGGAUGGGUUCGACGUUACCGAAAGAAAUGUUGAAGACAUGACGAGAUUUGUGAUGAAUGAGAACGAAUUUGUGUCGCUCAAAGUGCUGUUCGAGACUUCAGCUUUCUUUGAGCCUGAAUCAACUUUUGGUGUCAAACUACCUGAAAAUGGAAAACCUCCGAAUCAGGGAAUAUCAUUUGGUAUCAUGACAUCCCAAAUGCGGGAACUCUGGAGAACUUGUUCAGCACGAGCCGCAUGCAUAGAAGAAGUGAAUUUGCUGAUUAGCAACUUCGAACUUCAUCUUUUCUUUGUAAUCGUGUUCGAUGUCAAUGACAUGCCGAGAUGUGCCUGUGUUUUCAUUUCUCAGGAUGGAGACAAAGUCGCUUUGUUGGAAAAACUGCGUUCCGUGUCAGCAACGCCGGUUGAUACAAUUGUUACGGAUUGCACACCGGAUUGGCCACCGCUCCUUGAUGCUUAUUUCGGUAACGAAGCCUACACUGCAGACUUUCAGAUAGCGGAAUGGCACCUACUAUCUGAUUGGGCCGCGCGACUUGAUGAAAUGGUCCCAAAUCGAGUCGACCGUUUUGCCAUCAUCUGUGCAUUGCGACGAUGGACCCGAGCCACUGAUCCAACUUUAUUCGAAGGAAUUGUGAUUGACAUGUUCGAAGCGUUCCGCGAAAUGGAUUUAAACGCACUUGCUCAGCUUGUUGAUGCUCAGUUAACUGAUCCUGAUUUCGCUAAAAGAUGGACACCAUUAAAUCGAAAUCCUCUCACAGACCACAGCAAUCCCGUAUUAGAGAUUUCCUGCAGGAUGUUCCGAGAUCGAUUUUUGAAUUGUGAGCUAUGUGCACGACUAGAUGAGUAUGCUGGGCUCGUCAACGAACGAAUUGCGGAGUUCAACUCGUUAACGUUCUCCGAGGUUUACACCACCGCUCCCAUAGAACCACCACGACAGGUUCCUCAGAUGUAUGAAGACAUCGAUCCAUCGCAGCUGCUAGCCGAUGGUACGGUGAUGAGUUCGCCUCAGCAUGUUAUCGAGGUGGAGUCAGGUUCGCCUGCACCGAAAAUAGGGGACAGUGGCUAUGAACAUAAACGAAUGAAAGUAGAAGUAGAGGACGAGAUUGGCGAAUACGUUGUAGUAGCUGAGGAGGAAGUACUUGAUGAAGUAGUCGAGGGUCCAGAAGCAGAACAGUUGGUCGAAGAAGCGGUGCUAAAUGGUGCCUUGGCUGACAUGAGCAGAAUCAACCCUGGUUUGGAGCUUUCCCAUAGCAACAAUAGCUCCAAUGAUGUUCGAAGCGAAGAGAGCCCCGAAAGCAGAAAGGCGCGGUUAAAGCAAAUGAUGCAGAUUUUACGAGAAAAAGUAGACUCGAUGGCUGACGACGAGACCAUGGAGCUCAUGGAAAGUGGUCUUACUCACGUCGUAGAACAACUGAAAGAACCUCCACAAAAUGCUCAAUCAAAUCAAACCCCACGACGAUCCGCCCGUACACCGAAGCCUAUUCAUCAAGCUUUGUGAUCUCUGUCGUUGUGAGCCUCGAUCUCUACAUCUGUUUGUAUCAUAGAAAUGUAUAGGUUUUAUGCACUCACAUUCAUCAU